UUCUUCAAGCAAAGCCUGGAUAGGGCAUUGAACUUCCCUUAACCCCUGCUUGUUUACUCAAUGUGACCAACUCCAAAUGUCCAGUCCUGCAAACAUAAGCUGAGGAAAAACUGAAAAUGACAGUAAAAAAGAGCAGCAACACACAGCAAGGUGGAUCCAACAUCAUGAGAUGUCAGGAUAGUUUGAAGUCUCAUUGUUAAUAGAUCAGCCAUUGCUCAAGGACGGAGGCAGUGGAUCCAUCUGUGACUACAAAUAGGAGGCUCACCCCCUAUUGGCGAUUCCAGUCCCUGAGCGGGUGUGAGGUGUCAGAUCCUUGACAACAUGGGUGCCAAGGGCUUCUUCGUCAGUAAAGCGGUCGGGGUGGUGGGGAUCGUUCUGGGCGCUGUGGGCCUGGCUGCCAUCAUCGCCCUGUCGGUGGUCUACUCCCAGGAGAAGGCCAACCCCGACUGCCCGGUGGCCCCCACGGAUGGAACGGGCACCACACUCCCCACAGUCACCACCCCUGCGCCUUCCAAUGAACCCUGGGACAAGUACCGUCUGCCCCAGAGCCUGGUGCCGGAAACCUACACUGUCACACUGCACCCCAGGCUGAUACCAGACCCCAACACCAAGCUUUACAUUUUUACAGGCACCUCCCAUGUGGUGUUCAAGUGUGUGAAGGAGACUCAAUUGAUCCUGAUCCAUUCCAACAAGCUCAACUACACCAAGGCUGGGGACGGACCCUUAGCCACCCUCACUACGGAGGGCGGAGGAGCCCUGGCCCCGGCCAUCAAGUCCUCCCGGCUGGUGGAAAAAACCCAAUACCUGGUGCUGCAGCUCAGUCGUUCACUGCUCAAGGAUCAGAAGUACAGGCUCUCCACCACCUUCACUGGGGAACUCGCCGAUGACCUGGGCGGCUUCUACAGGAGCGAAUACCUGGAAAGUGGUGUAAAGAAGAUUGUUGCCACCACACAAAUGCAGCCGACGGAUGCUAGGAAGGCGUUUCCGUGUUUUGACGAGCCUGCGAUGAAAGCGAUCUUUCACAUCACGCUGAUCCACGCCCACGGCACCAGAGCUCUAUCCAAUGGCAUGGAGAAAGGAACAACUAAUGAAACUAUCAAUGGCAUGCCGGUCAAGGUCACCACCUUUGAGCCAACCAAGAAAAUGUCAACAUACUUGCUGGCAUUUAUUGUCAGUGACUUUGACUUCAUUGAAACAAUGCUGGAUGGAGUUUUGAUCCGGAUAUUUGCACGGAAGGAAGCGAUCGCAGCAAAGCAGGGAGAAUACGCUCUGCAAGUCACUGGGCCAAUCCUCAAGUUCUUUGAGGCUUAUUACAAUGCACGUUAUCCUCUUCCUAAAUCAGAUCAGAUAGCGCUUCCAGAUUUUAAUGCUGGCGCAAUGGAGAACUGGGGCCUGAUCACAUACAGGGAGACGGCUCUUCUCUACGACAAGCAAUACUCCUCCAAUUCCAACAAAGAACGCAUUGCAUCCAUCAUCUCUCACGAGCUGGCUCACAUGUGGUUCGGUAACCUGGUCACGCUGCGCUGGUGGAAUGACCUGUGGCUGAACGAGGGCUUUGCUUCCUACGUGGAAUUCCUGGGAGCGGACCAUGCCGAGCCAGGUUGGGGCGUGAAAGACCUCACGGUGCUCAGCGACAUCCACAGGGUGUUUGCCGUGGACGCCCUGGCCUCCUCCCACCCCCUGUCCUCCAAAGCGGAAGACAUCCAGCGACCGGAGCAGAUCAGUGAACUGUUCGAUGCCAUCUCAUACAGCAAGGGAGCGGCCGUUCUGAGGAUGCUGUCUGGUUUCCUGACGGAAGAGGUCUUCAAAAAGGGCCUCAGUACCUACCUGAAUAAGUUUGCCUAUGGGAAUACAGUCUACACAGACCUGUGGGAUCACCUGCAAAUGGCUGUUGUGGAGAGUGGAAAAACACUCCCAGGGACGGUCCAUGAAAUCAUGAACACCUGGGUGCUUCAGAUGGGCUUCCCGGUAAUCACAAUAAACACUGCUACGGGUCUUGUGACCCAAAAGCAUUUCCUUCUGGACCCCGAUUCCUCUGUAGAUGCAUCGCCAUACAAUUAUGAGUGGUUUGUUCCUAUUACGUGGAUGAAGACCAAAGCCAUUGCGCCUCCUAGAUGGUUGAUAAGCAAAUCAGAGGUCGUGGAUGAGAUGAAAGUAAUAUCUGGGGAAUGGGUGUUGGCCAACCUGGAUACAGUGGGCUACUACAGAGUCAACUAUGACCAGGCCAACUGGGACAGUCUCCUCAAAGCUCUGACGAGCAACCCUCUAGAUAUCCCCAAGAUCAACAGAGCUCAGCUGAUAGAUGACGCCUUCAACCUUGCCAGGGCAAAGGAGAUCCCCACAAUUCUUGCUCUUAGGACGACGCAGUACCUUAUACUGGAAACAGAGUACAUGCCCUGGGAGUCUGCCUUGGACAACCUGGACUUCUUCUACCUCAUGUUCGACCGCAGUGAGGUGCUGGGGCCCAUGCAGGCUUAUUUGUUGAAACAGGUGACUCCCCUGUUUGAACACUUUAGGAUCCUUACUGGUGACUGGACCAUCAUACCAACCGGCCACAUGGAUCAGUACAACCAGGUGAACGCCAUCGGCAAGGCCUGCAGCACGGGGCUACCUGAGUGUCAGGCCCUUGUACAAGGCUGGUUCGCAAGCUGGAUGGCUGACCCUGCAGUUAACCUGAUCGAACCCAACCUGCGCUCCACCGUGUACUGCAGCGCUAUCGCAGCAGGGGGCGCCAAAGAGUGGGACUUUGCUUGGGAUCAAUUCCAGAAAGCCAGCAUUGCUACUGAGGCUGAAAAACUGCGAGCGGCACUCGCCUGCACAAAAGAACCGUGGCUCCUUAACAGGUACCUGGAGUACACCCUGAAUCCAUCUCUUAUCCGCAAGCAAGACGCCACAUCCACCAUAGUCUACAUCGCCUCCAACGUGGUUGGACAGCCUCUGGCCUGGGACUUCAUCCGGGACCGCUGGUCCUACAUUUUCAACCAGUACGGAGGCGGCUCCUUUUCCUUCUCCAACCUCAUCAACGGAGUUACCGAGAGGUUUUCCUCUAAGUUUGAGCUGCAGCAGCUGGAGCAGUUCAAGAAAGACAACGAAGCGGUGGGUUUCGGCUCAGGGACCCUGGCGGUGGAGCAGGCCAUUGAGAGAACCAAAGCAAACAUGAGGUGGAUCUCUGAGAACAAACAACAGGUUCUCCAGUGGUUCGUGGAUAACUCCCUACCAUAAGGAACUCCUCCUCAUGCACAUUGGAAUGUUAUUUUUUCAUUUUAUUUUUGUUUAUAGAAAAUGUUUAUGAUGGACACCCAACUUCAUCUUUUUUAACUUUUGUACUUUUAAUUUUUGAUCUGUAAAUAAUUGAAAUUGUUUGUUCAUAAUUGGUGGACUUUAUAAUGACUACUGAAAUCUUCAUUCAUACUGUAUAUCAUAACCUACUCAAAAUACAAAUAUUUGCAAUAAAGGAACCAUCGAAACUGAUUAUGAAUCUGAUUCAUACAUUUGUGAACUGAGAAAGAAACACAUUUAUAUUAUUAUUAAAAAAAAAGGAUUAUUAUUAUUU